GUGGGGAGUGGGAAUCGGGGUUUCUGGUUUGCGCUACUCUCAUGUUAUGACUAACAUUAAUGUAUCUUGUUCAGUUGCCGAGCGCAAAGAAUAUUGACUUUUGCUGCUGCUGCUGUUGAUGUUAUUCUUCUUCUCUUUCUCUCCUCUUUGCUUCUUUUUCUCGAUUUUUGAAAUUACAGUGCUAAUAAAGACUGCUUGUUAUUUUCUCUAUCACCUCUAUUCUUUUUAUUUUUCAUGUCUUCAGUUGUGCUUGCCAGCGCCGUGCCGCAUGUCGACUACAUUUCGCAGCUAACUAGACAUCUAGUUUCAUUUCCCAAACGGAGCGCUAUUGCCAUAGUCAUCCGACUGGCCCUUUCUGAAGACCAUGUUUUUCCCACGGUCGAUACCAACAGGGAAAAGUCGCCCGCAGGCUUGACCCAAACCAUCCAAACAUUCCUCGACCACCCGAGCUUGAAGAAUGCCCGGGCCCAAAUACUAUUCAUCCAGCGUUCCAAAUAUCUUGGUGAUCCGUGGUCCGGCCACAUUGGGUUUCCUGGAGGCAAGCAGGAGGCCACAGAUGGGUCUGACAUGGAGACAGCCGAGCGCGAGACCAGGGAAGAAUUGGGUCUGGACUUGAGUGACUCGAGAUUUGUUCAUUUAGGCCGGCUGGACGACACCAGCGUAAACACUUUGUUAGGCGGGCUGAUCAUGGUUGUCAGUCCGCAUGUGUACCUGCAGGUAUGCCGGGAGACGCCCGCCAUGCAGGUGUCCAUGGAAGUGGCGUCCGUGCAUUGGAUUGAUUUCGGAGAAAUUGCGUCUCGCAUCGACAAUCCCAUCAAGCCGUUUGUCUCCUCGGACUACCGCGCGAUUCCCUUGGAUAUAGCAUCGAGGUCCUUUGACUCUUUCAGAAUAUCCCAGCCAUGGUGGUACCGCGGAUUUCGUAAAAUCUUUGGAAGCCUCCACUAUACCAUAUUGCCUCUAACAUAUACAGCUGAAAAUUCAAUCUGGGGAGAAAGUUCAAAAAACAGCAUCAAUGAAGAGAAAAAUGGCCGGUAUGCCGGCGUACAGUUUGUUUCAUCAACGGAGUUGUAUCUGUGGGGGAUAUCGUUGGUGAUGCUGUGCAACAUGGUUGACUUGAGCUUGCCCUUUGACCCUCGGCAAGUCAACCCCGACUAUGUUUCAGUGGCGAGCCCCUGGCCACAGAUGGAGCGGUAUUUGUGGGCAGACUUUAAUUGGAUAAUUAAUGCAGUGCAUCGGGUUGCUUGGGAUCACUAUAAGCGCAAACCGUGGCUACUCAGGAUGGAUGUGGAUAGUAGUGGUGUACGUGUGGUGGGCCAACACAAGGACUUUUUUAGGACUUACUUGCGUGUCGCCAAAGUGGCCUUCCCAAUAUCUUGCCUGGUGAAGGCAUCACUGUUUUAUCUGUCGGGCAAAUAUGUGGUCGCCGGUGCCAAUGUGUUCGUGAAACUUUUAUCGCGAUGGGCGCACUUGGCAGCACUGGCACUAUUUUAAAAUGAGUAUUUAUAAUUUAUUCAAUUGGUUUUAUUAUCAAAUGUUUUUAUAAUUACAAAGUUUUUUUGAAAAGUCA